CACCAUCCCUAACAACUGAGAAGAAUACACAGCGACACAGUAACACUGAGUGACACAGACACCAGGGGAAACCCACAGGACGUCUCAGGGGGGACUCUCCUCAUCAUGGCAGCUACAUUCCCCCCCAAGAUCAGCCCCACCCUGAUGACGCCAGACCCCCAUUAUAUCCCAGGGUACGGCGGCUUCUGUCCUCAGUACAAGUACAACCUGGGUAAGACGUACGGGAAGCUGACCAGCCAGCUGUUGACCAGUCCUGAUGUCCGCCACUCAGAGCAGCUGGUGCUCCAGUCUUACCCGUACCCUCCGCCCCGUAGAGACAGUGACACCGGCUCUUCCCAGGACAUCACAAGACGGCAGAAGACACGGAUGGGAGAUCAGAAAGUCGCCUGGAGAAUGAUCCCCGGAUACACUGGCUUCAUCCCCCGAGCUCAGAAGUUUUACGCUAAGACUUAUGCAGAAACCACACGAGACGCCCUGAGUGACUUCCAGAGGGAGCAGCUCCUGCAGGAGAGCCAGCGCCAGGAGCAGAUGCUGCUCAAUAAGCUGCAGACGGGCCAGAAGGUGCCUCAUACAGAGCAGGAGAAGAUGCUCAUCAGCGCCAAAUACAGGACUCCGCUUCCAGUCCUGUCCAACAAACCGGUCUCCUACAUCUCUCCCAGCGCCUACCAAAUCCAGCUCUCUCCCUACUACAUGGAGGACCAGAACCCACACAAGUACUUCAUAUCAGGUUACACGGGGUACGUCCCUCGCUCACGUUUCCUCUUUGGCACCGGCUAUCCUAUCACCACCAACAGAGCUAUGGUGGAGUUUGGUCACAAAACCCUGAGAAAGAGCUCAGGAGUGGGGGAGCAGCAAGACCCGCGAGGGGAGAGUAAGCCGCUGUCCGACCAGAGCCACAUCUACUUAGAGGAACUGGGGUUACUGCCUCGCUACACGGGAUAUGUGCCAGGUUACAAGUUUCAGUACGGGCACACCUAUGGAAAUCUCACCCAGGAUGCACUUGGUCAGAGCACAAUGCAGAAGCAGACGGUGAAUUAGGAGCCGUUGAAGGAACCUGCAGAACAUUAUACUCCUGUCCGGCUGCGCAGUGGGCCCCACCUCCUCCCGCGCAGAGCUGUGUACUUACUGAUGUGGCCAGCAGGGGGCUCAGACCUCCUCACCUCUGACCAUAUGGGGACACUCAUGGGUCCAUCUCCAUCCCACGGUACUGUAUAGCAUCACAUACAUGGUGGAGGAACAGGAACCAGUGAUUAUGCACCGUAUGCCAAAGCCGUGGAAUGAGGGUGAAUCAUUAUCAUAAAGCACAAAGAGUGGCGACAAUCAUUACUUUUACCUGUAAUAAAUCUGUGUGUGUGGUUUA